AUGUGUGGCUGCAGAGCAAGCGUUCCCAGCACAAAGCAGUACUCGGUCAAUCAGGUAGCUCCUGCUUCCACCAAAAAAAGCCCUUUGGCUGCAGCAGGCAUGCCCAGCAUACCUAUAGCCAAGCAGCUGGCAUCAAUAAAAGCUCUAGAAAAAGUCUCAGACCUUGAAAAAGCUUUUGCUACCGUGGCUUUGGUGUAUAACUACUCUGCUGACCUCGAGGGCAAGCUCAGCAAAGCUGAAACCAAAAGCUUGCUGCAAACCCAGAUUUGGGGUUUCAUACAGGGCCAAGAAAACAAACCAAAAUAUCAGGAAAUUAUUUCUGCCCUGGAUGAGGAGUCGGAGAACAAAAUUGAUUUUGAAGAUUUCAUGAUCUUGUUAGUCAGUCUCACUCUAAUGUCUGACCUGCUGCAGGAGAUCAAAAAUGUGAAAACCACAAAAUGA